AGAGAGCCAGUCUCAGAGUGCGUGCAACAAUCCGGGAACAACUGGCUUCCAUCGUGGGGUGAAACUGAGAGCACAAAAGAGUCUCAGAGCCGCACGGGAAGGCACGAAGGUUGCCAAGAUACAUCACCUGAACAAGAACAAUGAAGUUUUUAGCUCUCUUACUGGUGGUGGGGACCACCAUUCCCUCCCUGACUUCUGCGAUGCCGCAGGAGCUCCCUCCUUUAGUGAGGGAAUCCGUCAAGAAGCAGAUAACCGACAAACUGUGCACAGGAAGCCCUUCCACUCGGUCCCAGUGCAUCACGGAGGUGGAGGAGUGUAUGGACUUCCUGCAGAUCGAUCCUACGGCCGAGGAGAUGCCAGAGCCUAAUAUGGAUAAGAUUUGCAACGGAAGUGCCAAGCUCUCUGAUUGCAUCGAAAAGGCUACCAAAUGCAGUGAGCUGCUUGCAAAGGAACCCUCUGACGAACCGCAGUCUUUGACCUCUCUUGACACUCUUCCUACAAAGGAUAAUUUGGAAACGAUGUGCUCAUUCAUGAAGACUGAGAAUUGUACCCAGAACUUCGAAAAAUGCUUCGACCUCAUUGGCCCCAAGGCUAAUAUUACCGGUUUUCCAACAAGAGAAAUGUUCGAGUGCUCGAGACUCUUCGACACAUACAUUGAAGUCACCAAGAACAUAUCAGGUGCUAUUGGAACAACUGAGGACUCAGUAGACACCACUGAGGAGGGAUCUGGUCCUACGAAGGAAAUGAUGGAGGCCAGGUGCAGCAAAUUACAGAUCGAAAACUGCGUAGAGCGGGUUGAAAAAUGCUUCAAGUUGGUGGGUCCAGAAGCAGCCAAUGUACGAACACCUACCAGAGAGAUGAUUGAAUGCUCGUCUUUCCUCGCCCAGUUUAGUGAUACCACCAAAGGAGACGUUACAGAAACAACUGAAGAGUCUAACACUACAACAACCACGACACCGGCCAUUACAAGGGCUCAGAUGGAGACCAUGUGCCGAUCAUCUGACGAACGCAACUGCGUGGACCGAUUCGAAGAGUGCCUCGUUAUGGUUGGGCCAGGCGCAAAUGUCCCAAGGACACCAAGCAGAGAGAUGACUGAAUGCACAAGAUUCUUGGAUAAAUUCUCAGAUGCCAUGGCAAACAUCACUGGAACAACAGGAAACACAACCACUUCAACAGCCGCCCCUGUGAGUGGCAUCACUGGAACUACGCCUAGUACCACCACUACCACAACUGACAGGUCCACCAUUGCCGGCAACAGGCGCGAAAAUGGCACCACGGAAAGCUCUGUCCGCACUGGCACAAGCACAAGCACAACCACAACUACGACUACGACUACAACCCUGAGACCUGGGCUUAACACAACUGUACGUAAUUCUACUUCUGGACACUCAAAGGAAAACAUUACUGCCGUGUGCGACUUCAUGGACAUUCCCAACUGCCCCCACAGGGUCGAGGAAUGCUUCCGGAUGCGUGAAAACAAGAACGCCAACAGGACAGAGGCCGAGAAGUGUGCACAGGUCGUCACAUCUUACGAAAACAUUAGCAAGAAUCUAACAGAGAGGAUAGAAGCUGACCGCCCCCCCUGUAACACCGAUAGUUGCAAGAGGUGCGAGACCCUCCUUCGCCCCACUAGGAGCUUCACCUCCUCACAGGAAGAAUGCAGUACCAACACAGAACUCACUUUGAAGGAGUGCAUGAAACCUGUAAUGGAGAGGCACCUGAACCAAGUGGGCAGACCUGACAUUCGGCAGCACAUCAUGGGCUUCUUCAACAACUGUUAUCCCAAGACUUCCUUCGCGGGAAUCACUCCUUGCAUCAUUGCAAGAUGCGCCGAGAUCAUCUAAAGGGAAGCAGCAUCUUUCUUCUCUUUAGCUUAAAACUCGUUGAUUGAAACUUUCAGUCAAUGGGGCCUUCCACGCGACAGAUUUAAUGUCAACAUUCAGUCUUCAUACAAAUACACUCAAAUAUGUAACUGACUGAUUAAAUGACACUUCUGGCGUCGUGUGUGUAGGUGUAGAAAAUAGUGCUUUAAGAAAAUUUUGAGGUAAAGUUAAUUUUAGAUACAGUAGAUUUUGUUGACAAGUAUUUAUUUUGUUUUUUUGCUUUUCCAGUCAACUGAUUUUUUUUGUACUAGAUGAUAAUCCAAUGUUGUCAUUUACUGCAUGAUAAAGUAGAUAUUAUGCUCUUCAUGUUAAAAGGUUCUUGCAUGAUUGGAAAUUCAUCUGUUAGCCUGACUUAUGUAGAGUGUGGUUAUAGUAACCAUGGAUUUAUUUAUGCACAAAAUUUCAAUAAAGACUUUAUGGAUGUUU